CAAACCAUUGCAUCGUCUAGCGUCUCACAAUAAACAAGAGAAUAAUGUAUCCUCUACUUAUAUAUUUUAUUUUUGUUUCUAUAACAAUAAUUGCUGUGCUUUUAUUUUUGUAUGACCGGUACAGUGGUGCUGUUCAACAAAUAGCUAGAAUACCCGGACCAAAAAGGUGGCCUAUUAUUGGGAAUUCAUUUCAUUUCCUGUUACCUCCAGAUGAACUAUUUACAUUUUUACGAACAUUGUACACUAAUUUUGGCGGAUUUAAUCAAAUUCACGCAAUCAAUUUGUGGGCUGUAGGCGUGUACAAUCCAGAAGAUAUUGAGAAAAUAUUGUCAUCGGUACGUUAUAAUAAUAAAUUGGAACCGUACGGUUUUCUGAAGCCAUGGCUGGGCGAAGGUCUAUUAACAAGUAAUGGUCCGAAGUGGCAUCAACGUCGUAAGUUACUGACGCCAGCUUUUCACUUCAAUAUUUUAAAGAAGUAUUUCAGAACGUUCACAGAACAAGCGGAACAAUUUCUGGAGAAGGUAGAGGCGGAGGCUGGCAACCCACAGACCGACGUUCAACCCUUAAUAAGCUUGACAACUUUGCGUGUCAUGUGUGAAACAACUAUGGGAACCUCGAUGAAUGAUGGAAUAGAAUCUGUUAUAAGGAAAUAUUUGAAAGCUAUAGAAACCAUUGGAGAGUCCGUUGUGAAAAGAAUGUGUAGAAUCUGGCUUUAUAGUAGUGUUAUAUUCAAUUUGUCAACGAUUGGACGCAAUCAAAAAGCAGCUUUAUUGGACUUGCAUUCAUUCACAAAUAAAAUUAUAAAAGAGAGAAAAGAAUUUUUGAAAGGCUUAAAAAGCAAUCAAUUAGAAGAUGAUGAAAGUAUUGGUAAAAAAGGAAGGCUGGCAAUGCUGGAUUUGCUGCUUGAAAAUGAGACAUUAGGUAACAUAAAUAUUGAAGGAAUUAGAGAAGAGGUUGAUACAUUUAUGUUUGAGGGUCAUGACACAACUGCUAUGGCGUUAUCAUUCUUUAUAAUGGCAAUUGCUAAUGAACCUGUAGUGCAAGAUAAAAUAUAUGAGGAAACGCAGAGUAUUUUUGGAAGCUCUCAACGUUCAGCCACAAUGCAAGAUCUUAGCGAAAUGUCAUAUUUGGAAUGUUGUAUUAAAGAAUCCUUACGACUUUAUCCCAGCGUACCUUUUAUAUCACGAUUUGUUACUGAAGAAUUAAAUUUUAACGGCUAUACAGUGCCAGCAAACACUCACUAUCACAUAUUCAUUUAUGAUUUGCAUCAUCGUGCUGAUUUAUACCCUGAACCAGAACGCUUCAUCCCUGAGCGGUUCCUGCCCGAAAACUGUGCUGAUCGUCAUCGUUACGCCUAUAUACCUUUUAGCGCGGGACCUAGGAACUGCAUUGGUAAAAAAUUUGCGAUGCUUGAGAUGAAGACUCUAAUAUCAAGUUUGAUAAGAAGAUUUCGCUUGGAACCUGUCACAAAGCCAUCCGACUUGAAAUUUAGAACUGAUUUAGUAUUACGUACCUAUAAUCAACCAAUCUAUGUCCGCUUCUGCAAGAGGUUCAGCGACGAACAGGCAUCAUAAGCGUAGGAACUUAGGUGUAGAUGUGACUACAUGUACCUCUCUAUCUAAGCCUAUUACGUUUCGCGAUCGUGUGGCGUGUGGCGCAAUAGGUGGCGCUGCAUUAAGUUUCAUCGCGGUAUAUUUUCCCUUUUAAUGUAAUCUAUUAGCGUAAGACAUUCGUUUAAUUUAAUUAUUCAGUAUUAUAUGGAUUCAAUUUAAUAUGGUAUGGUAAUUUUUGAAAAUUCACACAAUAUCAUGUGAAUAAUAAAUCGGUCAAGUUGAACUCGCAUAUCAAGCGAUCCGUAGUAAGUAGUAAAACAAGUAAUUAUUUCUUUUCUAAUCAAUCGCAGAGGGAGGGAGGAUAAUACACACUUUCGAUAAAAUUUGCAAAGCUUUAGGUCUAUCCAUUAGCUUGUUAGAUGGAUGGAUUUUAUAAAAAAAUGAAGGUCCGGCACGCGCUGGCUCUUAGUGCAUAAGUAUAAUGGUUAAAAUUAAUCAAUAUAAUGUAACAUUUUCAAUGCCAAAUUAACUAUUUAGUACUAACUUUUAGAUUUUAUUUAAAACAAUG